GGCGGCGUGGAACAGGUCCGCCCGGUCUGCUCCUCCUGACGACACACCUGUCCUCCCCGGGGAGGAGCUGAGACAGGUGGACGCUCCUUAACGCUCGAAGGGGAGUCUCUCCGCAGCAAGAGGGAGCGAGACGAGAAGGGAGUCGAGAAAAGGGGAAGAGUGGAGCUGGAGAAGAGACACACUUGGACUCAGGUUACUCCGGCGCACAGACUCCCUCAGAGAUGUCGAAGACGAGCCCUGUGAAGAUAAGCAAGGCUCAGGCCACGGACCUGGCUGUGCUGAUUCCUCGCAUGCAGAGCAAUGCGGACCGAGUGGAGAAGAACAUCCUGCGCUCGGAGCAGCUGCUGAAGCUGGACGUGGAGCGAGAGAAAAACAACGAGGCCUUGGUCCACCAGAAGGAGAAUGCGGAUAAUCUGGCGGAGGCCGAGAGCCUCCUGAAGCACCUGUUCAUGGACGUGGACAAAGCCAAGAAGCUGCAGCACCCUCAGGCCACGGAGAUCGAGAAAGAUGUGAAAAAUCUGCACGACCGCUGGGCGAGGGACUGCACCACCUACAGGGAUCUGUACGACCAGGUGCAAGACUUGGACCUGAGGCAGAAGAUCGACUGGGGUCCCGUGCUGGACAAAAACCUGAAACAGUUACAAUCUCAGGCCUAUGGGCCCAAGCUGUCGGAUGUAGAGAAGCAGAUCGCAGAACAUAACAUCCUGCACCAGAAGAUCGAGGCCUACAGCGCCCAGCUGCAGCCAAGCACCACCGCCUCAAAAGAGCAGUACGCUGCACUCAAAGAGAAAUAUGCUGAACUUUUCGAGACGUCCGAGCGCAGGCGCGUCCAACUGGCCUCGCUGUACGACUACAUGCAGAGCUGCAGCAAAGAGCUGAUCUACCUGUCCGGCCAACAGGAGAGGCUCCUCCAGAGAGACUGGAGUGAUCGCAUGGUCGAUCCAUCGGGCAUCCGCAUGGAGUACGAGAAAUUCAAAACCAAUGGACUGCUGGCUCAUGAGCACGAGAUCAACAAGCUGCUCGAUGAAGGAGAAGAACUCAUGGACAAGGAUCAUCCGGGCACACCAACGAUUAAAGCGCACAAAGACAUGGUGCAGGCCGAGUGGCAAGCCUUCCUCAACUUGUGUCUGGCACAGGAGGUGCACCUGGACAACAUUGACAUCUACAAGAAGUUCCAGCUGGACGCAGAGACGCUGGCAGAGUCGCUGCAGAGACUCCGCUCGAAUCUGGACCCCGAGACUUUGUCCAACAUGAGUAACCCUGAGAUCCUGCUGGCUCUGGAGGCAGAUGAACCAGCAGUGAAGAGGAACGAGCAGCGCCUGCAGGCCCUCAAGGAUCUCAGCUACAAAGUCGUGCCCCUGAAGCUACGUCGAACCAAGCCCUCCCAACCCACCACGGUGGUGGCCCUGUGCGACUGGGCAGACGAAGAGGACUUUGUGACUCGAGGUGAGACGCUAAUCCUAAAGUCCAACACGGACAAUGACAACUGGGAGGUCCAGAACAGCAGUGGGAAGACAUCAACCCUCCCUGGGGUUUGUUUCACAAUCCCGCCUCCUGAUGAAGAGGCCAAGGAGACAGUCAGGAGCCUUGACAGAGAGCUGACAGCCCUGAAGAGCCAUCGAUCUGACUUGAUGGCCUCCCUGAAGAGCCCCGUCACGGAGGUGGUUCGCCCUCAGAAGGCAGCUGCUGUUCAGAGUGCACCAGAGGACCCCAAAGCUUCACAGCUCGUCAGUGACAUAGACAAGGUCAACGCAGCUCUGGAGAAGAAUGAGAAAGAAAUCCUGAGCAGACUGAGGGCGCCGCUGGACAACUGCACCCCCACACAAGACCUGGCGAACAGGCUUCAAGAGCAUGAGAAAUCUGCCCUGGCUGUAAGGAAGCUGGAGUCGGAGCAGGCCGCCAUUCAGAGGGAGAUGGAUCCUAUUCUGGCCAAAAAGCCUCUGGGGCCCAACGCCUCUAUGCUGCCGCCUAAACUAAGCUCAGCCAGCAACAAGAUCAAUGACCUCAACACGCUCCUUGAUCUCUAUAACAAGAAAGCGUCUGCCUCCAUCUUCCUAGAGAAGCAGAUUCAGAAGGUAGACGGGAUUGUCUCUGGAUUUGAAGAUCAGCUGGCUAAAGAUGGCGCCAUUCUCGAUCAACCUCACGCUCUUCUGAAUCGCAACCAGAAUCUGCAGUUAAUGCGAAAGGAAGUUGCUUCAAAGAAAGAGGAGGUGAAUAAAUUAGGUAAAGACUUGGACCUCACAAAGCAAGCGUGCAGAUCCCUGCAGAAAGGUUUCAAUGAAUACUGUCCCGACAUCCGCCGGCAAGAGAACGAGGUGAAAAACCUGAAGAACCGUUACGCAAAUGUUGAUCAUCAGCUCCAGGAGAGGGCCGGUCUCUUAAAGGAAGCGACCAAUAAAAAUCAAGACUUCCAGAAUGCGGUUCAGUCGUUGGAUUUUUUCUUGAUCAAUUUGCCGGAUAACACGAUCAAACCUACUGAUGAUGUGAAGCAGAUGACAGCCAAGCAGAAUUCUCAGAAAAAAGUGGUGGAGGACAUCAAGAAGAAGUCAGGUGAUUUGGACCGAGUCAAGGAUCUUUCCCGUGACCUGCAGGGCAUAUUAAAUGAGUAUGAGAUUAAGUCAGACACUUACCGUGGCACUCUGAUUGAUGAAGACGACAACGACGACGAGGAUGAUGAUGAUGAUGAACCAGUUACAAAGAAACGUCAAACGUCAACUCUGGCUCAGGGCGUGCAGAGAUCGGAAAGAGAUCUGCUGAAGCUUUUCGCUGAAGUGUCCGCAGAGAACAAUCAGCUACUAAAUCAGCUGGGGACGGCAAAGAACAUCAGAACGACGAGGAAUGAAGAUAAAGCCAGUCAGGUUGUUGUCAGCCAGCAACUGCAACUACAGAGUCAGAAGAACCUGCAGGAAACUGAUAGUCUGAAAAAAGAAUUAAGUGAGGAGGCUGCCAGGCGCUCACAUGCUGAAAAAGACCUGGAAACCUACCGAAAGCGAUUUUUGUCUCUGAAAAACAGGAGAGGAGUGGAAAGGUUGGAGGAGAAGGAGGUGGUGCACUAUUACCGCGACCCCAAAUUGGAAGUGGAGCUACAGUCUCUGAGAAAUCGAAUCCAGGAUGAAGGACUGAAAAGGUCAAGUACCCAUUCAGAGAUAGAAAUGAUCAAUGAGAAGAUUAUCAAACUGGAAUCAGAGCUUACCAAAGUCGAACCCAAACUAGUGACCAAGAUAUUCACAGAGUACGAGAGAGACCCUCAGCUCGAUAAAGAGGCAGCUAAGAUGAGAGAUGAGAUACAGAGGAUUCGGCUGGAGCUCCAAACAAGAGACAGCGAGGCGGUUCACGUGAAAACUGAGCUCACCGUCCUGGCUCAGCAGAAGCCGAAAAUCAGGGAGACGGUUGUUAAGAAGGAAGUGGUGAGGCUCGAGAAAGACCCGGAGAUGCUGAAAGCCGUUCUCAUGUUGCAAAAUGAAAUUGCGGAAGAGGAAUAUCAGUUCAAAUCCCUCAACGAUGAUGUUUUCAGUAUGAGGAGCCAAAUAAACAGCCUAGAGAGGGUCAUCCCCGCCAUCCAACCCAAGAUUGUCACCAAGGUGGUGAAACAAAUUAAGCAAGAUCCAGAGCUAGUAGAAGAGUCAAGGAAGAUACGAAUGGCCUUGGAAGAAGAAAAGGAUGAGAAUGUUAUCCUGCUGAAGGACCUGACCACCUUGCAGCUCCGUUACGGUGAAGUGGAGAAGCUCCGUCCAAAGGUGGAGGUCAAGGAGAUCAUCAACGAGAUUUACAGAGUCGAUCCUGAGACGGAAGUUGAAGCGGUUCGACUGAGAAAAGAGCUUCAGGACUUAGGCAGAAACCGAACAGACACGGAGAAAGAAAUCGACACUCUGUUAACAACCUUGACUACCCUGCGGGGGCAGAAGCCCAAAGUUGAGUACAAGGAGGUGACCCAGGAGGUGAUCAAAGAGGAGAAGAGCCCUGAGGUCAUCAGGGAAUUACAAAGGCUGAACAACCAAGUCGCCCGUCUGCAAGUCAACUAUGACACAACCUUAGAGCUGCUGAUUCACCUGCGUAAAGAAAGAGAUGAGUUGAAAGCUGAAAAAUCCAAAGUGGAGACGAAGUUAGUGAAUAAAGAAGUAAUCAAAUAUGAGAAUGACCCUCUGCUGGAGAAGGAGGCCGACAGACUUCGAAGGAACGUGAGAGAGGAAAUACAGCAACGCCGCAGUGUGGAGGAAAUCCUCUUUGACCUCCAGAACCAAUUCAUUGUCCUUGAGAGGCAAAAGCCAGAGGAGAAAGUCGUCAUGCAGGAGGUGGUUCGUCUUCAGAAGGAUCCCAAGCAGAUGCUGGAGCAUGAAAAACUAAACAAGACUCUGGACGAUGAGAUGAAAGCACGCAGAAAGCUGGAAUUAGAGGUCAGGCAACUCAGAGCUUUGAUUCAAGAAAAAGAGCUUACCUUGGCUCAGAUGGAUGAUCGCCAGAAGAAGAUCCUGGUUGAGUCGGAGCUCAGGCAGAUUAAGUCACGCAUCCUCGAGCUGGAGAACACCCCGCCACCAGUUGAGGAAAAAAUCAUAAUCGAGGAGGUGCUGAAAGUGGAGAAGGACCCUAAGCUGGAAAAACUCACUGAUGAUUUACGCAUCAACUUGGAGUCUGAGAGCGCCAACAUCAGUCGUCUGGAUAGAGAGAUUCGCAACCUAAGGGUCAAGUUGGAAAUUUUGCAAAAGGAAAAAUCGCUUGAGAAAGUUGUUUACAGAGAAGUCGUUCGUGUAGAGAAAGACCCAGCAGUGGAGGCUGAAAGGGAACAUCUCAGAGAGCUCGUUUCAAAGGAGAGAAACCUCAGACGGGACCAAGAAGAUGACUUGCAGAACAUCAGCAUUAAAAUACACCACUUGCAGACGUCUAAAUCUGCGACCUUUCAGGAGGAGACUUCUCUCAUGUCCAACAGAGAUGCUAUUCAAAAUGAGAAGGAGGAUCUUCUCAAAGAACUCAAAGCACUUGAGUCUCAAAGGCAGACCAUCAGCAUAACCUUCCAGCAACAGUCCAAGCUGUUGAGUGAGAGGAACCAGAUAGCACGACAGAGGAGCCUCAAGACAUCCACUGAAUUGCAGCGGCUGGAGAAACAGAUCCUGAACGAGAAGGACAAGAUACACCAGAGAGAAACACUAAUAGCUGAGCUGCAGAGCAGCAUCAAGAAAGAAGACCAUGCUGAAACUCACACCAGAGAGACAAAUCUUUCUACUAAGAUCACCAUCCUCGAUCCGGAAACAGGAAAAGACUUGUCUCCCUACGACGCCUACUUGCAAGGACUAAUCGAUCGAAACCAGUACAUCAAACUGUCAGAGCUCGAGUGCGACUGGGAGGAAAUCACUUCGACUGGUCCCGAUGGGGAUAUGACGAUUUUGCAGGAUCGCAAGAGUGGGAAGCAGUACUCCGUGAAGGACGCACUGAGAGAUGGACGCUUGACUGAGUACGACAUUAGUCGCUACAGGGAAGGAAAACUGACCAUCUCUGAGUUUGCCUUGCUUGUUGUAGGUGAGGUACAAAAACCAUACCUUCCUCCAGUCGCCCCAAGAUCCCCCACCAAAACCAGCCAUACCUCUCUGAACUCCAUGCCUUCAUCCCUGAGAUCCUCCUACUCCAGCCUGAACUCCAAACAUAGUGGCAGCUUAGACAACCUCAGCCAUUCAGGAGGUGAAGAGUAUUUCCCAAUCUCAGGGAUGUUCGACACCACCACUGAGAGCCGCAUGUCCGUGAGAAGCGCCCUCACCCGCAAACUCAUUGACGUCAACACAGCUCUGCUGCUUCUCGAGGCCCAAGCAGCCACCGGUGGAAUUGUUGAUCUGGGGAAAAAGGAUAAACUCUCCGUCCACAAGGCAGCGGAACGAGGUCUGAUCGACACAACCCACAUGUACAAGCUCCUGAACGCCCAGAAGGCCUUCACCGGCGUCGAGGACCCUGUAACCAAAGCCCGUCUUGCAGUCGGACAGGCGGCGCAGAAAGGUUAUAUUCCCCAAGAAAAUGCCAUGAGAUACAUGGAGGUGCAGUACCUCACUGGUGGGUUGGUGGAUCCAACCAAAGCAGGCCGCCUCACCGUUCAAGAAGCUGUCGCCACCAAGCUGAUUGACAGCACAACAGCGAGCAAGCUGCAAGACCAGUCUUCCCACUCGAAGGAUCUGGUGGACCCCAUCACUAAAGAGAAGCUGUCAUACAAACAGGCGAUGAAGCGGUGUAAGAAAGACGCCAGCACCGGGCUCCUGUUGCUUCCUGUCACCUCCACUGAUGCUACAAAUGCUCCUUCAUACUCAAACUAUCGGUUUAGCUCUUCUAACAACAGCCUAGAUUCACUUUAAGAUGUACCACAGAUUUUUUUGCUUACGGCCAUUGGUGCUAAAGGGUGUAUUUAUCACUAAUUUGUGAAAUCAGUAUGUCUAUAUGCAUUCAUUCUGAAAAGUCUGGAAAUAUUAUAGUUUUUGGUGGAACUGUACAUGUGAAUCAUCUGAUUUUUCAGUACUGUUUCAGGGAACUUUGUGUUGUUUUUGUUGGUGUCAUGUUCAUAAUUUCCUAUUAAACUCCACAACAUACACAUUCA